GCUCCUGUAAACAGAGUUACGCUGUGAAUCUUUACUAGAAAAGAAGGAAAGUUGAGGAAGGUGGAGAUUGAGGCUUUCAGGAUCGGUGACCUAACCGGAGGUGGGACUUUGUUAUCUGAAUAGAAUUCCCAGGCUUCGCGUCCGUACCGAUUAACUUCAUCCAUCUUCAUCGCCGUUAAUGCUGAGGGCCGUAGUUCUUUGAGCUUCCUCAGAAUAUCAGAAGCAGUUCUCCCUUACAUAUGACCCAAGAAGAAAAAAAACUUCAAAAGAAAGACAUGGAAGAUAAAACUUGCCAUCCUCUCCCUGCUGACAAUGAUGCAACUGGGAUCAUACAAUCAACUAGAGAUCUUCCACCAGCUCAUUAUACACUUCAAAUCAAGAAUUUCUCAAUACUGUUAGGGAUGGAGGAGGAAAAAUGUAACUCGGGGGAGUUUGAAGUUGGCGGCUACCAAUGGAGAUUGGUACUUUACCCAAAUGGGAAAAAGAAUAGCAAUGGGAACGGUCACAUCUCUCUUUACUUGGCAAUAGCAGCUACCAAUGAUCUUCCACUUGGCUGGGAGGCUAACGUGCACAUAAGAUUCUUUGUGUUUGAUCAAAUCCGAGACAAGUACCUAUGUAUUCAAGAUGCGAGUGGGAGAGUAAGACGCUUUCAUAACUUGAAGACUGAAUGGGGAUUCGAUCACUUACUUUCCCAUGAAACUCUCAAUGAUUCAUCAAAUGGUUAUCUUGUUGAUGACACUUGUGCCUUUGGGGUGGAAGUUUUUGUUAUUAAAUGUACCGGUAAAGGGGAGAGUUUGUCAAUGAUAAAUGAACCUCAAAGUAAUGUUUUCACUUGGAGGAUUGACAACUUUACGGACAUGAAAAAUGAAUUUUAUUACUCUGAGCAUUUCACCAUUGAAGGGCGAAGAUGGAAGUUGAAACUCUAUCCGAAGGGAAGUGGAACAGGAGUAGGCACAUGCUUGUCACUCUAUCUCAUCUUAGGUGAUUCAGAAACUCUUCUUCCCAACAGAAAAUUCUACGCAAAAUACAAGCUGCGAAUAACGGACCAAAUCCAUAGCAAUCAUCGUGAAAAGACAGUUGAUCAGUGGUUUUCUGUUCCCGGCAACGGUUAUGGUGUCCACGAGUUUUUGUCAAUGAGAGAUCUACGGGACACAUCAAAGGGCUACUUAGUGCGUGAUGGUUUGCUCAUUGAAUGCAAAAUGGAUGCAAUAUCCAUUCCCUAUUAAGGAUUUCUCCUCAAAUUAACACUAAGUUUAAAUUGGAGAAGCAUUGUCUCAUUGAAUGGUAACAAUAAUAGAUUGCCUAUUCUGUCCUCAUCUUUUUCUUUUCUUCAAAAGGGUAUGUAAAAGUUUUCAUAGGAUACAAAUUCUAUUUGCAUGUCCUCAAAGUUUAAUUAUGUUCAAUCCAUUGUGCUCUGAAGUACUUGUGCUUUGAAUAAAAAAAUCCUGAGUAACUAUUUC